AUGCGCACCCCCGCUCCGCCUCCUUCUCAUCCUCCCGACCCUCUUACCUCUCCCGCAUCCUACCGCCGCUGCCUACUCGGAAUUGAGACUCUGAAGGCUAGCACUGCAUCCGGUUGUGCGGAGAGUGGGGGUAUGGCCAUCCAUCAGCGGCAAGAGCAAUGUCAUUUAGAAGCACGGCAUAUCUGGAUCAAGUUUAUUACCGGUGGUAUUACGUGGGGCGAGGCGUUGAGAGCGGAUGUUGAGUUGGACAAAAGGAGAGGGCCAGACCCAGGUGUGACAGUGAUAUGCCGAGUGAGAUCUGUCUGUCUUUUGAGAUGUGUAGUUACUGUUUAG